AUAACGUCAGUUCAAUGUUAAAUGAAGGGCUGACGGAGUUUGAAAUGCAGCAGGCACGACUGCAACAUUUUAAAAAUGUCACGACCCGCGAAUUCGUACUAGCUAACUUCAACAACUGUUUGCUAACUCUCACCCGCAGGAUGAUUGACACAGAGAGGGGAGGCGGUGAUGCUGGUGCUGCAGGACUCAGCAGUAAGAGCAAGGAGAUGGAAAAAAAGAAGAGGUCCCGUGUCAAACAGCUGCUGGGUGACGUGAAGAAGCAAGUGGAGUUCUGGUUCGGAGAUGUCAACCUUCACAAGGAUCGCUUUCUGAGAAAACUCAUUGAAGACUCGGACGAUGGGUAUGUUGAUAUAUCUGUGUUGGUGGACUUCAAUCGAAUGAAGAAGCUGACGACUGACACCAAGCUGAUUGCGAGAGCCCUGAAAAAUUCAACUGUGGUUGAGGUUAACCUAGAAGGAAAUAAAGUGAGGCGUCAGCUUCCAAUUGGAGACAUACCAAAUAAUGUCGACAGCCGCACAGUCUAUGUGGAACUUUUGCCCAAGGAUGUGACACACAGCUGGAUAGAGAGAGUGUUCACAAAAUGCGGGAAUGUGGUUUAUGUCAGCAUCCCCAGAUACAAGUCUUCUGGCGACUCCAAGGGUUUUGCCUUCGUAGAGUUUGAGAAAGAGGAAGAAGCACAGAAAGCCAUAGAGAUGCUGAACAACCCCCCUGAAGAUGCUCCCAGGAAGCCAGGGAUUUUCCCCAGGACGAAAAGCAGGAAGCCCCUUCCUCUGCCAGGUGACAAUCCACCCUCAGGUGAAGAAGAGGAGAAGAAAAAGCGAAAGAAGAAGAAAAAGAAAGAAGGUGCCUCAGUACAGGCUCCUGCUGAAGAAGCCAAAGAGCAGGCGAUGGAAGCAGAGCCAACAGAGCAAAAGAGGAAGCGCUCAGCAGCAGGGGACUAUGAACUCGAGGCUGCCACCACUCAGAAGACACCAGGCAAACUGUCUGAGAAAAAAAGGCGAAGGUCACAGACAGCAGAGGGAUCCGAAAGCGAAGUACCAUCCAAGAUAAGAAAGACAAGUGAAAGUGAAGGUGCCGGGAAGGAUGUUACAAAGACUAAUCCACCCACUCAGAGCAACGCAGAGAGAGGUGUUGAGGAGGGGAAAGAAAACAGAGAUGAUUCAACAGUGAAAGCAAAGAGGAAGAGAAAAAAGAAACACAAGGAGAAGCUGAAAAUUGGGGAGGAGGUCAUCCCACUCCGGGUUUUAUCAAAGAAGGAAUGGCUCGAGUUGAAGGAAGAGUAUCUGACUUUGCAGAAGCGCAGUAUGACGUCCCUGAAGAAGUGCAUUAAUAAGAUUGAUCACAAGGAGCACAAGAGUCUAAUGGAGACAGACACCGAUCCUCAAGAUGGAAAGAUGGAAAAGAGUAACAAAAGUGAGAAAGCCGCUAACCAAGGCCCUCAGUUUACCAGUGGUGUCAUCAUGAAGAUUACAGAUAACAAGCCGCUACCAGGGAGAAAGUUCCUCAAAGACGCUCUGUGUAAAAUAUCACCAGUGGCGUACAUCGACAUCUUGGAUGGAGACGCUGAGGGUUACAUCCGCUUUCACUCCCCCGAGGAUGCUAAAGUUGUCAGUGACGCUCGAGCAGAGCUGCAGAAAGAGCACAGCUGGAAGCUAGAGAUUCUCUCAGGUGACCAUGAACAAAGGUACUGGCAGAAGAUCCUAGUGGACCGCCAAGUCAAGCUGAAUCGUCCGAGGGAAAAGAAGCGGGGAACAGAGAAACUCAUAUCCAAAGCCGAAAAAAUCAUCAUUGCCCGGGCCAGGGAGGCUAAUAAGCACAUCCGUUUCCAAGAAGACUGACGGCUGCUGAAACUACUUUUUGACAACCAGACACGUUCCACUGCGUAGACUUUACACAACGUGUUUUAAAGGGGACAGUUGGUGUUAAUGUGGAUUUAGCUGGAGGAGAACUGAACGGAAACUUGGAAAAAGUUUAAACUUGUUAAAAUGUCCCCUCAUUUUUUGUUUGCACUGGAGCCCCCAAGAUAAUGUGGAAUGCUGCUAUGCAUAUAGAUAUUUUGGCUUUUUUUUUUUUUUUUUUUAAUUGAUAGACUGUUUUUUUAAAAAAAGAUUCUGUAUAUGAUGUAAAUAUGAUUGAUUUUGAAAGUUCUCCCAGUCAAGACAUGGACGUCGUGGCAUUAUCUUUUGAAGAUAUUUCAGUUUUUUAAUAAAAUGUCAUUAUUUGAUUGUUACAGAA